AUGGCAUCUCCAUUGCAAUUCCGUUUGGCGAAGAAUGUUUUGACUACCGUAGCGGCACCCAUACCCGCGGCCUACAGCUGGGGUUCACGAUAUGUUGCUUCGCCGUCGCGACCCCUGCUCGACAUGGCGCAGGGCAGUCCGUCAGGCCCUCCACCGGCGGUUGUGUUGGAUGUGAUGAAGGAGGCUGUCUCAAAUCCGACAAGCUCGCGGUAUGACACUGCCGAGGGAAAUCGCCAGCUCGCGAAGGCACUCGUCGGCGAGAUGAAAACAGUGUACGGAGAAGGGAUUGACGUGAACGACGCAGAUGUUGCGAUCACCGCAGGGUGUAACCUCGCGUAUGCAUCCGUAGUGAAAACUCUUGCCGAUGCAGGAGACGAGAUUAUUCUUCCGAUUCCAUGGUACUUCAACCAUCAGAUGACUAACAAUCUUCUCGGCAUCAAGACGGUCCCAUUACCUACUGAGCCAGAAAACGGCUUCAUGCCCUCAGUAGAACGUUGUGCAUCCCUGAUCACCCCAAAGACACGAGCUAUUGCUCUCGUCACGCCAAACAAUCCAACCGGCUGCAUCUAUACGCCAUCCCUGAUUCUGUCCUUCGCGCAGCUCGCCAAGAAACACAAAAUCGCGCUCAUCCUGGAUGAAACCUACCGCGACUUCAUCGCAUCGGGACCCCCACAUAUGCUCUUCCAUCGACCCUCCACCAAGCAAAUCCCAGCCGACUGGUACUGGCGCUCGACCCUCAUCCACCUCUUUUCCUUCUCCAAGAGCUACUUUAUCCCCGGCUACCGCCUCGGCGCGAUCGUCGGCUCGCCUGACCUCCUGCGCGAGACGACCAAAGUCCUCGACUGCCUGCAGAUCUGCGCGCCGACAGCCGCCCAGCGCGCGCUCGGCACGCCGGAUCUACUCUCCAGCCUCCGACCCUUCCUCCUCACGACCGCGGAGAACCUUGCGCACCGACACGCGCUGUUCAAGGCGCACCUGCCCAAUACGUGGCACAUCGGCAGCCAGGGCGGGUACUACGCCUUCGUACGGCACCCGUUCGCGGAAAAGACGGCCGAGGAGGUGUGCAAGCGCCUCGCGGAAGAAGGCGGCAUCGUAUCCCUCCCUGUGCAGUUCUUCACGGAGGAGGAAGCGAUGAGAGGCGAAACCGACCAGGAGUGGCGCAGAUGGAUACGGUUCUCUGUGGCCAACGGGGAUGAUGAGAAGGUGCUGAUGGUUUGUCGGAGGCUGAAGGAAUGCGAGGAGAGCUUCGCAUGGGAUAUAGACACGCACCGAUCGUAACGACCCUACCAACACUAUGGUCGCCAACUCGCAUCUAUUUGAACUUGCGUCAGGACAUCA